CAGCGCAUUCACACUGGAGUGAAACCGUAUCAGUGUUUACAGUGUGGAAAGAGUUUUAAUGGACCGAGUGCUCUUAAAAUACACCAGCGCAUUCACACUGGAGAGAAACCAUAUCAGUGCUCACAGUGUGGAAAGAGUUUUUAUAUACAGAGUACUCUCAAAAGUCACCAGCGCAUUCACGCUGGAGAGAAACCAUAUCAGUGCUCACAGUGUGGAAAGAGUUUUAAUCAACAGAGUGAUCUUAAAAUACACCAGCGCAUUCACACUGGAGAGAAACCGUAUCAGUGCUCACAGUGUGGGAAGGGUUUUAAUCAACAGUGUCAUCUCAAAACACACCAGCACAUUCACACUGGAGAGAAACCGUAUCAGUGCUCACAGUGUGGGAAGAGUUUUAAUCAACAGAGUCAUCUCAAAACACACCAGCGCAUUCACAAUGGAGAGAAACCGUAUCAGUGCUCACAGUGUGGAAAGAGUUUUAAUAGAGAAAAAACUCAUCUGAAAAUACACCAGCGCAUUCACACUGGAGAGAAACCGUAUCAGUGCUCACAGUGUGGAAAGAGUUUUAAUAGAAAGAGUGAUCUCAAAAUACACCAGCGCAUUCACACUGGAGAGAAGCCAUAUCAGUGCUCACAGUGUGGAAAGAGUUUUAUUACACAGGGUAAUCUUAAAGUCCACCAGCGCAUUCACACUGGAGAGAAACCGUAUCAGUGCUCACAGUGUGGAAAGAGUUUUAAUAGAAAGAGUGAGCUUAAAAUACACCAGCACAUUCACACUGGAGAGAAACCAUAUCAGUGCUCACAGUGUGGAAAGAGUUUUAAUAGAAAGAGUGAGCUUAAAAUACACCAGCACAUUCACAGUGGAGCGAAACCGUAUCAGUGCUCACAGUGUGGAACGACUUUUAAUACAAAGAGUGAGCUUAAAAUACACCAGCGCAUUCACAGUGGAGAGAAGCCAUAUCAGUGCUCACAGUGUGAGAAGAGUUUUAAUAGACAGAGUCAUCUCAAAUUACACCAGCGCAUUCACACUGGAGAGAAACCAUAUCAGUGCCCACAGUGUGGAAAGAGUUUUAUUAUACAGAGUAAACUCAUAACACACCAGCGCAUUUACACUGGAGAGAAACCGUAUCAGUGCUCACAGUGUGGAAAGAGUUUUAAUAUAAUGAGUAGGGAUGCAUCAAUACCAUUUUUUUCCAACCGAGUACAAGAACAAGUACAUGUAUUUUUGUACUUUGAGACCUCUUCUCCACCUCUUUGUGAGAAUACAAAAGUAAAUUUUCUUUAUGAAUGUAGGGGUGGCACUUACCUCAUUGGGAUUCAUUUCUCCUCCACAGACAUGAACGCAGGUGAGGCAGCGCUGUGA